AUGCUUAGAGGAAACAAAGUUUAGAAUUCAUUCUGCUAAUCCAUCCCAUGCAUUAUUAGACCCACUUUAUAGAUGAAGAAACCAUUACUAUGGUUGAAUACUUAAUAUAAGGAAGAAGCAAGAGUAGAUUAUACUGUUAAUUUUAGUUGGACGACAUCAAAUUGCCGCAAUCAGUCAUCACCCAAAAAUUGAAGUUCUUAGUUAACAGAAAUGAUUUCAUCAAAGAGUUAAGCAAUUUCUCAUUGCAUUCCAUUCAAUCCUAAUAUUAUUAGAAAUCCUUGUAUGAUAUCUCUCAUGUAAUCCUUUUUGUACUAUUCUAGUUUAUUGAGUAUUCGUAAUAAAGCAAUUAAGUACACAUCGAUGAAUAGGAAGCAUCAAUGUCUGGUUUGAAGUUAUUUCAAGUAUUCUCACCAGAACAAAUUCAACUGCUCAAAUUUCAUUUCAAUUAGCCUUAAAGUAUCACCAGCAUUUCAUUUAUUGAUGGUGCAAUCAAUCUCAUUAAGAAUGUUCAUUCAUUUUAGGAUAGUUUGUUUGUAAACUUUGCAUCCAAUUUGUUUGAAUUGUUCUAUGAACCUUAGAACAACAAGAAGUCAAAAUAGCAAGAUGAAAAAUUUAAAGAACUAUUCUAAGAAUUUGGAAUUGUUUUAUACAAGUUUGAUUAUCUCUCAUAAUCUUAACCAUUGAAUAUUGCCAAAAUUAUCGGACAAUUAUAUGAUUUGAUGAUCACAAAUUCAAUUAAAUUGAAUGAUUUCACCCAUUAUCGUAAGACUGCUAACAACUUCAUCCAGAAAUAUUACGGAAUUCAAUCACACAAAAUGAUACAACCCAAUAUUGUUGACUACAAAAACAUUUUAUACACAAUCUUUCUCAGUGAAAUCAGACCAGAAGCCUUGAUACAAGAUGCAGUCAAUAGGUACUACUAUUAAUAUAUAAAUUCAGAUUUGCCAAUUCUGGAAUCUAGAGUGGUUCUAUAUCUUCAAAUAUUGAUAUCAUGAGCAUGAUGUUAUUGCAUGGUGUUCCAUGCACUGAGAAUUUCCUUAAUAAACUAAAGAAUUCUAAAAGAUAGAGAUUGACAAUUGGUUAAUUGUAUGUCCUAUUAAAAUGUUAUGAACUUGCUAAGGUCCCUUUAUAUGAAUUUAGCCAGACUUUAUUUUUGGAGUAUUUCAAUAAUUUGAUUAUGUUUUAGCGUUGCCAGUUUCAUCUCUCAUGAUAAAUAACUGCAAGAUGGCAAUUCAGUAUUGANUACCUGGAAUCAUGUUCUACUCUUUUAUAUCUUAUUGGAUGAUAUAUGCAUUGAGCAUGGUUGUCGAUAGAUUGAUGUUCUCGGGCAAAGGUGA